CAGAUCCCGCACGCCGCGCGCGGGUAGCCACGGCAGGCGGGAGCCGGCCGGGGCCGGGUGGGGAGGGGUUGACCGGCCUCCGGGGGGUGCGGGGAGAUCCGGGGCGGGGGGGCGCGCCUGAGUCCCCGGCCGCGCGCGCCCUUUGGCCGAAAGGGGGCCCCUCCCCCAGCCUUGCCGGUCCCAACCGCCCGCUCCCGGCCGAGGGGAGGGACAGCCCAGCUGCCCCUGCCGGGAGCCCCCGGCCCGGCUGCAAAGCGGGGCGGGGCCGCGGCGUCCCCACCCCCUACCCGGACACCUGAGCGGCGGCGGCGGCGGCGGCGGCGGCGGCUCCCGCGCUCCGGCCGGGCUGGGCGCGGCGUCGCUCGGGUCCCCGCGGCCGAGCCAGGUGCGCGCGGACGCCAGCCCUUCCCUGGCGGCUCUGACCGGCCCGGACUCUCUGAGCUGCGCCCCGAGCCAGCUCUGGAAAUCUCUCCUGUCUCCAUGCCUUGACCCACUGGAGUGCAGACGGUUCCUGUUCCGAGAGACCUUUCUGCGGGGCCCAGUCUGACAGCACCUCUGACACAAACAGCCAUGCCGCGUAGCCCGACAUCCAGCGAGGACGAGAUGGCCCAGAGCUUCUCCGACUCUUCGGAGGAAUCGGACUCGGACAGCUCCAAGGAAGAGACCAUCUACGACACCAUCCGGGCCACAGCGGAGAAGCCGGGCGGCGCCAGGACGGAGGAGAGCCAGGGCAACACACUGGUGCUGCGAAUUGUCAUAGAGGACCUGCAGCAGACGAAGUGCAUUCGAUUUAACCCCGAUGCGACGGUGUGGGUUGCGAAGCAGCGGAUUCUGUGCUCGUUGAACCAGAGCCUGAAGGACGUCCUGAACUACGGGCUGUUCCAGCCGGCGAGCGACGGGCGAGACGGCAAGUUCUUGGACGAGGAACGGCUUCUGCGCGCGUACCCGCAGCCCGCGGGCAGGGGCAUCCCCUCCCUGGAGUUUCGCUACAAGAAGCGGGUGUAUAGACAAUCCAACCUGGAUGAGAAACAGUUGGCCAAGCUGCACACGAAGACCAACCUGAAAAAAUGCAUGGAUUACAUCCAGCAUCGUUCGGUGGAGAAGGUCGUCAAGAUGCUGGAACGAGGCCUGGAUCCGAAUUUCCACGACCUGGAGACGGGAGAGACUCCCCUGACCUUAGCCGCGCAGCUGGACGACCCCGUGGAGGUGAUCAAAGCUCUCCGAAACGGCGGGGCCCACCUGGACUUCCGCGCCAAAGACGGGAUGACGGCCCUGCACAAAGCCGCCCGCGCCAGGAGCCUGCUGGCCCUGAAGACCCUGUUGGAGCUUGGCGCAUCCCCGGAUUACAAGGACAGCUACGGCCUCACGCCGCUGUAUCACACUGCGGUGGUCGGGGGCGACCCCUGCUGCUGCGAGCUGCUGCUGCACGAGCACGCGGCCGUGAGCUGCAAGGACGAGAACGGCUGGCACGAGAUCCACCAGGCCUGCAGGUACGGACACGUGCAGCACCUGGAGCACCUGCUCUUCUACGGGGCUGACAUGGGGGCCCAGAACGCCUCGGGGAACACUGCCCUGCACAUCUGCGCCCUCUACAACCAGGACAGCUGUGCACGUGUACUGCUGUUUCGGGGUGGAAAUAAGGACUUGAAGAACUACAACAGCCAGACCCCAUUCCAGGUGGCGAUCAUAGCGGGUAACUUCGAGCUGGCUGAAUACAUCAAGAACCACAAGGAAACCGACAUCGUACCCCUCGUGCCAACCAGGAGGACUGUCUCUGGGGCUCCUCCCCUCUCCCAUCGCCCUGCCGGCGGCUGGGCCCAGUCUUGCAUCUUGGAAGAGCCCGCUGGCCUGUUUCCUCCAGCCCCGGGCUUACACAGGACAUGCAGCGGGGAGCAGUCCCACUGGACCAGCAGCGUGCCCUUCCGAGAGGCCCCGGCGUACUCCAACCGAAGGCGACGGCCCCCCAGCACACUGGCCGCCCCCCGGGUCCUGCUGCGUUCCAACAGCGACAACAACCUCAAUGCCAGCGCGCCUGACUGGGCCGUCCGCUCGGCCGGCCCCCACCGCAGCCUCUCGCCCCAGCUGCCGCAGCAGAUGCCCAGCAGGCCCGACGGGGCCGUGAAGACCCUUGGGAGCUACACCUCCGGGCCCCGCAGCCGAUCCCCCUCGCUCAACAGGCUGGGCGGCACCGGCGAGGACGGCAAGAGGCCCUGGCAGCCCUGGCACGUCGGUCCGGCUUUCCUGCCAGGCGCCAACAAGGAUGCGCUCUCGGCCUUCGAGUACCCGGGGCCCAAGCGGAAGCUGUACAGCGCGGUCCCCGGCAGGCUCUUCGUUGUCGUCAAGCCAUACCAGCCCCAGGUCGAUGGCGAGAUCCCCCUUCACCGUGGCGACAGGGUCAAAGUUCUGAGCAUCGGCGAAGGGGGCUUCUGGGAAGGCAGCGCCCGCGGCCACAUCGGAUGGUUCCCAGCCGAGUGUGUGGAGGAGGUCCAGUGCAAGCCCAAGGAGAGCCAGGCAGAAACUCGUGCAGACCGCAGCAAGAAACUCUUCCGGCACUACACGGUCGGCUCUUAUGACAGCUUUGAUGCUUCCAGUGACUGCAUCAUCGAGGAGAAGACCGUGGUCCUGCAGAAGAAAGACAAUGAGGGCUUCGGAUUUGUGCUCCGCGGGGCGAAAGCGGAUACGCCCAUCGAAGAGUUCACGCCAACGCCAGCGUUCCCAGCCCUGCAGUACCUGGAGUCCGUGGAUGAAGGUGGGGUGGCAUGGCAAGCCGGACUGAGGACUGGGGACUUCUUGAUUGAGGUUAACGACGAGAAUGUCGUGAAGGUCGGCCACCGGCAGGUGGUGAACAUGAUCCGCCAGGGAGGGAAUCACCUCGUCCUCAAGGUGGUCACAGUGACCAGGAAUCUCGACCCAGACGACACGGCCAGGAAGAAAGCUCCUCCACCCCCGAAGCGCGCCCCGACCACGGCCCUCACGCUGCGCUCCAAGUCCAUGACCUCGGAGCUGGAGGAGCUCGAUAAACCCGACGAGAUAGUCCCAGCCUCCAAGCCAUCCCGAACUGCUGAGAGCGUCGCAGUGGAGUCCAGGGUGGCCACCAUCAAGCAGCGGCCCACCAGCCGGUGCUUCCCCUCUGUCUCGGACGUGAACUCCGUGUACGAACGCCAGGGGAUCGCCGUGAUGACGCCCACCGUUCCUGGGAGCCCGAAAGGCCCGUUUCUGGGCCUCCCUCGAGGUACGAUGCGAAGGCAAAAAUCAAUAGACAGCAGAAUCUUUCUAUCAGGAAUCACGGGGGAAGAGCGGCAAUUUCUGGCCCCUCCGAUGCUCAAGUUCACCAGAAGCCUGUCCAUGCCGGACACCUCCGAGGACAUCCCGCCCCCGCCACAGUCGGUGCCCCCCUCUCCUCCCCCACCCUCCCCCACCGCCUACAACUGCCCCAAGUCCCCAACUCCCAGAGUCUACGGGACGAUCAAGCCCGCGUUCAAUCAGAACUCCGCCGCCAAGGUGUCCCCGGCAGCUCGCUCCGACACGGUGGCCACCAUGUUGAGGGAGAAGGGGCUGUACCACAGGAGGGAGCUGGACCGCUACUCCCUGGACUCCGAGGACCUCUACAGCCGCAACGCCGCCGCCCAGGCCACCUUCCGCGGCAAGAGGGGCCAGAUGCCCGAAAACCCGUACUCCGAGGUCGGGAAGGUCGCCAGCAAAGCCGUCUACGUCCCCGCCAAGCCCGCCAGGCGGAAGGGCAUGCUGGUGAAGCAGUCCAACGUGGAGGACAGCCCCGAGAAGACGUGCUCCAUCCCCAUCCCAACCAUCAUCGUCAAGGAGCCCUCCACCAGCAGCAGCGGCAAGAGCAGCCAGGGCAGCAGCACGGAGAUCGAGCCCCCGGCCUCCGAGCAGCCGGGCCAGCUGCGGCCCGACGACAGCCUGACCGCCAGCAGCCCCUUCGCCGCCGCCAUCGCCGGGGCCGUCCGCGACCGGGAGAAGCGGCUGGAGGCCAGGAGGAACUCGCCGGCCUUCCUGUCCACGGACCUGGGGGACGAGGACGUGGGCCUGGGGCUGCCCGCCCCCCAGGCACGGCCCUCCAAGUUCCCCGAGGAGGGCGGGUUCGGCGAGGAGGACGGCACCGAGCAGCUGUCGUCACCCACGCCAGGGGCGGCGACCAGGGAGCCCGAGAACCACUUUGUGGGUGGUGGCGAGGCCGGAGCUCAGGGUGAGGCCGGCAGGCCACUGAAUUCCACGUCCAAAGCCAAGGGGCCCGAGAGCAGCCCUGCAGCUCCCCUCAAGAGCAGCAGUGCGGCCGGCCCUGAGAAUUAUGUCCACCCGCUCACGGGGAGGCUGCUGGACCCGAGCUCCCCGCUGGCCCUGGCGCUCUCCGCGAGGGACCGAGCCUUGAAGGAGUCCCAGCAGGGCCCCAAGGGGGAGGCCCCCAAGGCCGACCUCAACAAACCUCUCUACAUCGACACCAAAAUGCGGCCCAGUGGGGAAGCAGGCUUCCCUCCGGUCACCAGGCAGAACACGCGGGGGCCCCUGAGGCGGCAGGAGACGGAAAACAAGUACGAGGCCGACCUGGGCAAGGAGCGGAAGGGCGACGAGAAGGGCACGCCCACCAACAUCGCGGAUGCGUCCCAGCGGAAGUCGGCCGGCCUGCUGAUGGUACACACCGUGGACGCAGCCAGGCCGGACGCCUUCCUGCAGGAAGAGGACGAGGAUGCCGACGCGGAAACAAAGCCGGACCGCUCGCCGUCCGAGGUGCCAGAAGGCGUUCCCGAAACUGAAGGUGCUUUACCGAUCCCCGCUGGCCCCGAGCCCGCGGCCGCCGCGCCCGGCAGGACCGUCGUGGCGGCGGGCUCCGUGGAGGAGGCGGUGAUCUUGCCGUUCCGCAUCCCUCCCCCACCUCUGGCAUCCGUGGAUCUGGACGAGGAUUUUAUUUUUACAGAGCCACUGCCUCCUCCCCUGGAAUUUGCAAACAGUUUUGAUAUCCCCGAUGACCGCGUUGCUUCUGUCCCCGCACUCUCAGACCUGGUCAAGCAGAAGAAAAACGACGCCCCCCAGUCCCCUUCGUUGAACUCCAGCCAGCCCACCAACUCUGCGGACAGUAAGAAGCCAGCUGGCCUUUCGAACUGUCUGCCCGCCUCAUUCCUGCCACCCCCCGAAAGCUUUGAUGCCGUCACGGACUCUGGGAUCGAGGAGGCAGACAGCCGGAGCAGCAGCGACCACCACCUCGAGACGACCAGCACCAUCUCCACGGUCUCCAGCAUCUCCACCCUGUCCUCCGAGGGCGGCGAGAACGUGGACACCUGCACAGUCUAUGCAGACGGGCAAGCGUUCACGGUUGACAAACCCCCGGUACCUCCUAAGCCAAAAAUGAAGCCCAUCAUUCACAAAGGCAACGCGCUUUACCAUGACGCGCUGCUGGAGGAGGACGUGGACAGCUUUGUGGUCCCCCCGCCGGCACGCCCGCCGCCCCCCGGCGGGGCCCAGCCCGGGACCACAAAGGUUAUCCAGCCGAGGACCUCCAGGCUGUGGGGUGACAUCUCGGAGGUCAAAAGCCCGAUUCUCUCCGGCCCAAAGGCAAACGUGAUUAGUGAGUUGAACUCAAUCCUGCAGCAAAUGAACCGAGAGAAAACGGCAAAGCCGGGGGAAGGACUGGACUCGCCAGCUGGAUCCAAGCCUGCCAGCCUCGCUCCAAGAGGCCCAGAGGUCAUGAGCACUGUCUCAGGUACGCGGAGCACGACGGUCACCUUCACGGUUCGCCCUGGGACCUCCCAGCCCAUCACCCUGCAGAGCCGGCCCCCAGACUAUGAGAGCAGGACCUCAGGACCAAGACGUGCCCCCAGCCCCGUGGUCUCGCCCACAGAGCUGAACAAAGAGAUCCUGCCUGCACCCCUGUCCGCUGCCGCCGCGGCUCCCUCUCCCACCCUCUCGGAUGUCUUCGGCCUCCCAAGCCAGCCCCCUCCCGGGGACCUGUUUGGCUUGAACCCAGCGGGACGCAGCAGGUCGCCAUCCCCCUCCAUACUGCAACAGCCAGUCUCCAAUAAGCCUUUUACAACUAAACCUGUCCACCUGUGGACUAAACCAGACGUGGCGGACUGGCUGGAAAGCCUCAACCUGGGUGAGCAUAAAGAGGCCUUCAUGGACAACGAGAUCGACGGCAGCCACCUGCCAAACCUCCAGAAGGAAGACCUCAUAGAUCUGGGCGUGACGCGAGUCGGGCACCGGAUGAACAUCGAAAGGGCUUUGAAACAGCUGCUGGACAGAUAAGGGCGGCUGCGCCUCACCUUUACGGACCCCUUGCUAUAAAUAGAGAUGGGCUUGCACUGACGUGUGUGAUGGCGAGCGCCAAGCCCGCCCCGCGGGCUGGUCUCCUGCUACCCAGAGAAAUGCUGUGUCCCUGGCGUGGCUGAGCGGAGGCCUUCAACACACCCCCCCCGCCCCCGGGCUCUCUGUGUGGGCUCCCUGGGCUGUUUCUGUCAAAGAGGGGACCAGGGGAGGGAGGGCUUCUAAUCUAAGGUGGAAAGAUGCGCGGCUUGCCUCCUGCACGCAGGUGACCUGACCUCACGAGGCCCAGGAGAUGCCCACCGCCGCGCGCGCGCCCCUUGCUCCUGCAGGCAGACACCACUGCACUCUAGACACAUACCUCCCGCGGCCUCCUCUGCCGUCCGGCAGCUCCGCCCGGGCCCGGGCGCGAGGCCUUCCUCAGCCUGCGGCCCCUCAAGGGCACUCAAGCCCACGUGCUCCUUUCUUUCCCGGACUUGGUUCGCAGCGAGACGCCCGCGGAUGUGCGUAGCCGGUGCCCCUUUGGAAGGCAGAGAAGCUUCCUUCCCGUGGAUCCUUCACCCUGUCUCCUCCGACAUGCACCCGGGGUUCUCCAGCCACGAGGUUCUUGGCAGUGGUGGGUGGUCCGAAUGGGAUCGUGCCCAGCUUUGCUUAGCUUUCUUUCUUUCUUUCUGCAAAUCUGUUAGCAUAAUUCCAAAGUGGCCAAAUAGAUGUCACAUGGAGUUAGUCAAAGCACAAAGUCACGAUUCCAAGGAGGAGGGAGACCUGGCCGUGGGAAGCAGCCGGCGUGCAGCUGCUGUGCCCAGAGUGUCCGCAGCGGGGGAGCAGCUCCCCAGGAGCGGGGGAAGGGGCUUCUCUGCCUUUGGGCAUUGUUUAAAAUCGAAAGCGUGUUGAAUUCUACGAAGAUCAGAGCAGGCGAGCAACCACUUUGACACGCAGGAUGACAGGGCUCACGGUGGGCGUGUGCCGCGGCCACCCCCAGUUCUGAGCCCGGCCAAGGGGAAGCAUCGCAGCUGAGACAGCCCCUUUGUCCCCCGAGGCCAAGGAAGAGGGUACUUAGGGGCUUCUCCCCUUUUCCUCUGAGCGUCCAGGAAUCCCACCAGCUUGUCUUAACAGUACAGCAGGUUUUUUGAAAACCCAGCGGGCAUGGCGCAUAGACAGAACCCAGGGUGAGGGUGCAAUGCAGAUGAAGGAAGGAGGGCAGAGCAGAGAGGUCUCGUGGGCUGCCAGUCAGGCCUCUGGCAAGGCUUUCUUGGGCCCUGCCGCGUUCUUUCCCCUGGAGCCCCUCCCCUGUAACAGUACCUCUAAUUUCCAAGGGAGGUCGCCACCGGCACGCGAGCCACAGGACACCCAGUCAGGGGUCAGCAUGCUCUCCCACGUAUGGAAGAAGCUCGAAUGUCAGGUUUUUGGCUUUUAGUAUGAUUUCAGAACUAGCCUAGCCCAUCUCUAAUUAUACAAACAUGAUUUUUUUCCUUUUUCCUUUAUGCUCACAGUCGAGUGUCUGAUGAGGCCUGGAACAGCUCUAGAAUGAAUAGUAAAAUCUAGCGAUUUAAAAUCUCUUUCUUUACUGCAAGUUUCAAUAGUUGUACAGAUAGUUUAUAAGCACAAUAUUUUAAGAAAAAAAAGUGGCUGGUCUACUAGGCAGCCUUUGUGCCACUUCAGUGCUAGAAAGUUAAAGAAAAAAAAAAUUUUGUGAUUUAAUAAUACUAUUUCUGUGGAAUAAUUAUAAAAGUAUGACCUUUUUAAAUCAACCUUAUUUGGAUGCAUCUGAACCAGCAGAGCUGUGUUAUAUUUUCUAUCUUUGCUAGAACUUCGUCAUCGAAGGACAAUUAUUUCUUCAAAAGUGGUUGUGUUUCACAAUGCAGCAGUUUCUCCAAACACAAACACACUCACCACACACCCCGUCUUUCCAGCCACGUGCCCCUGAAUUGGAAACUGAGUUUUGGACCUUCUGUUCCAAAACCUUCUGCAGGUCCAUCUUUGUAUCUGAAUGAUCCAUUCCAACUUGAAAUCAAUUGAGUUUUAAGGCGCUUUACUUCCGUGUACUUUCAAUUUUUCCAUCAUGAGAUGAACAAAUCUUACCCUAGAGAAAUUUCAAGCCAAGAUACUACAGGUGGCCUGCUGAGGCUGCCCGAUAGUUCAGAAAAUGUAAAAUGGUGGUUUGGCCAUUAUCUGUCUUCCAUUUGGUGAUACUGCAAAACCCACUAAGUACACCACCUCACCGUGGCUCUUCUCUCCUUUGCCUACUGUUGGUAUUACCUCUCUGCUCGGUGCCAGGCAAAAUGCUAGACAGACAGGACGAGUAAAGGAGGCCGCGGGUAGACGGUAACCAACGGCAACUUGGGGGCGUUGGGGUUACUGAACUUCGGCAACCAGGAGGUGAGAGCUGGCUGCUACUCCCUUCCUUAAAGAGACCUCAAGUCGCGUGCAGCCGACCGGAAGCGAGCAGACUGAGGGACGAGAGCUGGUGACAUUGGUUGUCUCACCCUGUGUUACUGUAGAGAAGUAACAGGCCCCAUCAGAGCCUGCCCCGACCGACAAAAUAUACACAUUAUUGCCAAGAUGACUCAGUCUCUAGCUCCAUUCGCCAGGUCUGCUACAGAAAGCAAUAGUUCCUCAUUUAAACCACCGCCCACUGUUCUCCCCCUUGGGACACGUCAGGACCAGGCCCUACCCUGUGCCCCUCUUUAAUGGUGAAACAGAUGUUAAACUGCUCAUAUAAAGAUCAUGUUAAUACUAUUCCAGGUUUUAAAAAGAUCCACUUUUGUUAUAUACUGUAAUUUAAAUAAAUUGCAUUUACAUGCCUAGUUUCUGUAAUAUUGUGUAUACAAAACCAAAAUUGCUCAAGAUGUAAAUUAUGUAUACCUGCCAAGAUACCUUCUCCAGGGUGUCUGUGCACAUUUUAAGUAAAUCCAUAUAAUAUAAAACUGACUCAAUGUGACUGUUGAUUUGCUGAACUUUACAUAUCACAAAGUGAAUUAUUUGUGGUACUUUAGUUAAUAAAACGGUGAUUUUUUUUUUUCCCCCUGAGUUACUGAACAAGCAUUACCCAGGGUGAUCUGGCAAUGACUUUUUGCGUGUGGGCCACAAAUAUUGAUUUUUUUCCCAUUAACAAUUUUUUUGUUUGUUUUUUUUAGAAGCUAAUCCUUUUCACACUACAGUUUGUGUAACGUGUUCGCAUUAUCUGUGUUUCUGUUACUUUUGUGCUUUUAUUCUUUUUAGACCUUAUUAAAAACAAAAAGGAAAAACGAGCUCCUGUAAUUUGCACUUUCUCCCAAUCCUUAAAUCUCUUGUAUGGCAACCAAAAUUACUGUUAAAAAAAAAAAUAAAUAUACUAUUGCACUAAGGUUGUGGUUCUGAUUGCAAAACAGUGAAAACUUUCUGAAUCAAACAAAAAGUUGCCAAGCUUACAAUCCAGCCACUUGACCUCUGUGAAGCUGACCAGACGGUAGCUUUCCUCAAAGAGUGAAGAUUCUCCUUUCGGUGAGCUAAUCUGCCUCGGUUCCACUUCCUUAAAGCUUUCUCGGUGUAUGGGUGGAAACGAGUAUUCUUUCAGAACUGGGAAAGUGUCACGGCGGGCGGACAUCUGCGAACGCUGGCGCUCCUGUCUGUUUGGGACGGAAGCAGAGGGGCCCGGAGGGCGAGCCCGAUACAAGCCUUCCCCCCAAGGGCACAAGCGGCGGCGGUCUUCCUGCCGUGGGGUCUGCACAACCAGCCAGGCAGCCCCACCGGCUGACACAGAGCCACAACGUUUCGGUGAACGAGGCAAGAGAAUGCGUCUUCUGGCCAAGAACUGAGCCCGGAAGACACGGGCUAUCCCUUCUGCUGGAGGGAAGCGUAUUUUCGACUUCAAUACUGAACCUCUUCCGCCUCACAGCAGUGAAAAGUCACUGUCUUUAGUUCCUGAACAGUUCCUUCUGUUCUGGCACAUUCUCCUCUUGAACGGCAGCCACUCCGUUUCUAUGUUCCUGAAAACAUCUCAGCCUCGUACCUUUUGUAGUUUACCCUCCCUGAAGUCCCCCUGCUCCACCAUCCAAUGGUUCUUCCCAGACCCUAGCCACCACCCCCAUCUUCACUGUCCAGUGGUUUCUUCCAGACCACUUCUUCCUGAUGAAUGUAUCUGU